UCAAAUUUUAUGCUGCGUGCAGGCAAGAAAGAAGAGGCUUCGCAUACGUCAAAACGAGUGUAAAUUUUCAUCCUCGAAAUCGCAGUGUUUGAACGUUUUUGCAGGUCAAUUAUUAUUUUUAAUUGCAAUGUGUAUAGUUUUUGUGUUUCCUCGGUGCGACUUCAUUACGACCGAAGUGCUUCGAAAUAUCGAAUAAACGCAAACAAGUGGAACUUGUACUUUGUGUUUGCAAUAGUGCACAGUGUUCGCGAAAAGUGAGAGUCCAAUCGCACAAAAUUCCUUACGGCAAUGGUUUUAUCUACUAUUGGUUGCUUCUACUAAAAAAGCAUUCUUCGACGGCAGUAGGCGGAUGGUAGAGUAAAAUAAUUAACAUGUCGGAUAUGAAACGUGUGGCAUUGACGACGAUCGGUGACGCGGUACGGAAAAGUCCCUUCGGUGGUAGUGGGUCCGACCAAAACACGGAGGGUUUUUUCUCCGGUUCUUUGGCCAGUGCAAAGAACGGUGGUAGCAACAGUAACAAGGACCGCAAAACGGUUCGCCUCGAGCUGAAACUGUUCGAUCCAACGGAGAACAGUUUUCCGGAGUUUAACUUUUCGAAGCUGGUACGAGAAGAGCAGAAACGCCAACGUAAGCUAGAGAAGAAAAGCACCACUAACGGAUUUCUUCCCGAGCCAGACGACAAUAGCGAUGUAGCGCGUAUCGCCCGUGAGCUGGAGAAAAAAUACGGUUCUGGCACGCCUUACAGCAGCAGCGGAAAGUUCGCUCGACCUACACAGCUGGAAUACUGUGACCGAGGCGCUGGCUACGACGAAGACGACUCCUUUAUCGAUAACACCGAAGCGUACGACGAGUUGAUCCCAGAGGAGAUAGAAACCGUGUGCGGCGGUUUCUACAUAAAUUCUGGCCCACUGGAGUUCAAAAAGUUAUCCAACUUCGAGCGACCCGAGGAUGCAAUCCGAAUGCCGAAACGUAAGAAACGAGCGCUAUCUUCAUCCAGUGAAGACAGUAGUGGCCGGGAGGAAGCCGCCAAAACAGUAGCUAAAAAAGUAACGAAGAAGAAAGAUGAACUGGGUGCUGGCAGUGCGACCAGUGGAACUGAUAGUACAGCUGGCAAAGCUGGUAAAGCAGGUCGGAAGCGAUUGAAUGGUCAUGUUGUUAAAAAGGUGAAGGUUUCCACAGACAAACAGGUGAACCGUAAAACGGCACCCGCAGAGAAAGAAAACAAAAAGAAGAAGGGAACAAAAGGAACAAACGCUGAAACAGUCGGUAGCAAAGACGUAAAGGUGGUCAAAACAACGACGGUAAAGGAUAUGCUACGGGCGAAACGGGAUAGCUUGCGAAAGAUGGAACAGGAGAAAAAGGGUGGUCGAAGCAGCGGUUCAGCAACGACUUCCGAGGCAGAAGAAGAUGGAGAAAACGAUGGAUCGGACGAUGGAAGCGAUUCGAGUGACAGCGAUAGUAGUGGCAGUGGAUCCGAUGAUUCUGAAAGCGACAGUGCCUCCGCUUCCGAACAAGAAAAGAAAGUUGAGAGUGGAGCCGACAGCAAAAAACGUAAAGAAGCUAAACUUCCAGACCAUCUACCGGAUCAUUUAUUACAAGAUUUAAGCAGUUUGAAGGGAAUCGCGAAAAACACGACCGGAAAAUUGAAUUUCUUCGAUGCUGCUGUUGCUGAUCUCCUGUUGCAGAUUGAUGUAAGCUCUCGAAUGUGCGGUGGUAGCGCCCGGAACGCUAUUUACAAACACUUAGAACUACACCUUCAAGUUAGUAGACAGACACUGAUGGUUAAAAUUAAGAAAAUCCGAAUUAGAAAGGAAGAUAAUAAGGUUAAAAAGGCACUCAAUAAGCUCGAAGAUGCGGUAACGGAGCUAAUGCCUAAAGUAAUAACCAACUUUGAAAAUGAGAAACAGAAGGCAAUCGAACUUCGUAACGCCGUACCCUCUACAAGUGAAGGUGGCGAGAAAAUAGAUGUUAAGCUUCCAAAGAAAAAAUUCCCUUGGAAUGAUCAGCUUCGAACAUUGCUAUACGAUGUAGCCGCCAUACGGAAGCAAUCCUUCCACAUACUUCGUCCUAGAAAAGAAACAGAGGAAGAUUAUGUGCACAGCUACCUGAAAAAAUCAGUAGUUCCACUUUGGCCCAGCGGAUGGAUGAAAUUCGAGGAGCUUCAGAAGGAACUGGACCGUCGGAAAAAAGCCGACUCAAAAGUUGCCAACAAGGACAUUAAGAAGACAGUCCAAUUGUCGGCUGCGACGGCUUCUGUGGUGACACAGCCUCUGUCUAAUGGACCGGCCAAUAAACCAGAUACAGUAUUAACCCCAACAAUAAAACCGAAAGUCGAAGAGAAAAAGCCGGUUCGACCGCCACAGUCAUCGCCGGUGAUAACUGCCACAAAUAUGGCCCAGCCGUCUCCCAGUACUUCACCGGCGGGUCUAAAGAAAACUUCCGAUCACAGUAUCAUUAACAUCAUCAGUUCGCCGCCAAGCAAAAGUUCCUCACAUUCCAGUCAUCCGCUAUCACAGCAACAACCUCAAUUGCAGCAACAGCAACAACAACCGCCACGACCUCAAUCACAGCCACCACGGCCACCUCUCAAUUUCGACGAGGACUUAAUACAAACCCACGUCAUCAACCUGGAAGUAGGCAACAAUACCGUCAAACGAUCACCGAUGAAUCCUACCACUAUAGUGGAUUAUCCAAAAGAUCUUCGAAUAAAUUCUCCAGCUCUGUCGUCCGCUUCUUCGGCGUCUUCAUCCCGCAGACAAUCUUCCUACCAGGAUCCGUCGCCACCGAUGGCCCACACAACUCCAACAACGAUUGUACCUGGCAGCAGCAGCACCGGCCGCAAGGAUCGUAAAAGCCUGGACGACGACAGUGACAGUAGUAUCGAAAUCAUCGGAGAGUACAACGUUGCCGAUAAACAUGUCAUUUCACCCGUACAACAGAAAGUUGAUCCAUUGAACUUGGCUUUGCCUUUGUUGAACAAGGAUAAGUACAAAAAAUUCGGAAGCAGUUCCAGCAAAAACAGCGGCCAUGGUAACAAUAAGAGUGGUUUUCCCGUAGUGGGAACCUCAGGAACGAACAUCAACAACAAUCUAGACAAAGCAAAGUACGUCACACCACCAACUGCAAGCACUAGUGGAUCCUUUACUUUGCCAACAAUGACCGGACUGAUGCAGGCUGGUUCUAAUAUGCCACCAAAAGCGACCUCCAUACCAGGAGAACUUGAUGUCAUUCGAAUUAUGAAGGAGCUGCAAGAGUUACAGGCAAUCCAAAUGAACUCCAUCAAUAAAACUAGCAUAAAGAGCGACAUUUCGAAACCAGCGCACAUCUUCCCAUCCUCUUCAAAGAAGACAGAGCCCGUCAAUCACAAAACACCAUCUCCAGUACCGGCUAGUUCCCAGCACCAACAGCAAUCUCAUCACAAGAAACCGGUCGUCGUCAUCGUCCCGGUGAACGGAACCACCAACGCAGCCAGCAGCAAAGUCACCGCCGAAAGUUGUUCAAAACUGCUGAAGCCGGAAGCAUUGGCCACGCCGAAGAAGGCGACUCAAAACUAGAACUAGGAACGAUGAUAUAAUGCCACUGACAUCCAAGAUGUUUGUUAGAAAUUACUGUUGUUCGUGUGUGUGUGUUCGCGUGUGCGUGAGAAUACAUAUAUCUAUGGAAUCACGAUACUUGUACAGACGAAAACAAUAGGCGUUAGCGAAAGAAAAUUAACCAAAAUAGUCACUAGGCAGUAUAACAUGCUAGAUUUGAAGAUGUUAAGAUGUUAAGGCACUACUGCAUACAAACAGCGUAAAUAUAGUCGAUUCAUCGUCGAAGCCACAGGAUAAUUAUCGAUAUAGUUUUGUUAAAAUAUGUUACUGGAUAUUUCUGAUUUAAUAAUUUCCUGUUUUUUAUUUAAUUUUUUUUUUGUUCUCGUUUUAUGGAUAAUAUAAUGUACAGUUCUAUUCAGUCAGAGAAAAGAGGAUAGUAACAUCGAACUCAUCAUUUACUUAUCGCUUAAGUUGUAGUGGUUAGGAAGAGGUUAAUAACCAAUAAAAAUCAUUUCCAACUCUAGUA